AUGAAGCAUGAUGAGCCGCAAGAUACACUAAAGGAGAACAGUGAAAAGGCUGACAUAAAGCAGAAACUUAGGCUGUUUUUCCCCGUAGUCUUAGAGGGUUUAGAGCAAAUAUUGGAUGAACUGAAGUGUCUACAGUCUAUUAAAGAAAACUUGAUAUUGUCGUUGCAAAGGAAUACCCUUGGUGGUAAAAAUAAUCGUGGCCUAUGCGUUGUUGAAUCUUUAAAAAGUCUACUAAAUCGGGACUUGAGAGAAAACGAGUUUAGAGAGGCAGCCAUAUUGGGAUGGCUAAUUGAGAUUUUACAAGGAUGCUUUCUUAUGGCCGAUGAUAUAAUGGAUAACUCAACUAAACGUCGAGGACUUGACUGUUGGUACCGAGAGGUAGGCAUUGGCCGAGCCUUUAAUGACUCUCAAUUACUGGAAGCUUGCAUACCUUUAUUGCUUCGGAAGUUUUUCAAAAGUCAUCCACUUUAUUUAGAUCUGCUGGAACUUUUUCGAGAGGUAACCUUUUUAACUGAACUUGGAGAGCAAAAAGAUUUAUUAUCUUCGGCUGAAGCCCAGCGCGUUUUCUCAUUCGACCUUAAAAAUUAUGAUUUCAUUGUAACGUAUAAAACAGCAUUUUAUUCCUUCUAUCUGCCCGUGAAGUGUGCUUUAUUGCUGUCUGGUAAUUUUAAUGAACGCGCGGAUGCAACAACCAAAAGGCUAUCAAAGCUCCUUGGGUAUUACUUUCAAGCCCAGGAUGAUUACUUAGACUGCUUUGGCAAUUAUGCAUCCCUAGGCAAAGUUGGGAUGGACAUUGAAGAUAAUAAAUGUACGUGGUUGGUUUGCCAAGCUAAGAUGGCAGCUAGUGCUGAACAAUUGAUGUUUUUGGAGAAGCAUUAUGGAGGACGAAAUCAAGACAGCGUGUUCAAAGUUAAACAGUUAUACCGAGAGCUUGGUAUUCCAAAUAUGUACCAAAACUUUGUAGAAGCCACGGUUGAGAAAAUCAUGACCGAAAUCAACGAUAUUGACGAAGAUACUGGCAUUAAGAAAAUUAUUUUCUACAAGUUUUUCAAAUUAAUUCAUAAACGAUCUCGGUGA